AUGCCUCCUCGCGCCCAGUUGUCGCCAUUCCUUCGCGGCGUCGUGUACGGCCUCUUCCUGGCCGGGUCCAGCUACCAGGAGAUCGCCGAGGAGGUGGCGAAGGAAGACGGGGGCCAUCCGUGCCAGCAGACAGUGGCUGCAACAAUCCGCCGCGUGGAGAAGAACGGCGGUCUCGCUUUUGACGGAGGGAGACUUUCUCAGGCGGGCCGCCCGCGCAGCACGGAGACGGCUCUGGACCGACAGAUCCUGCGCCUCGUGUUCAAGCACCGCGGCCGCGCAGUGGUGACGGCCCAGUACGUGCAGAAGAUGAUCAGGGCGGCGCGGAAGGUGAGCAUCCGCGCGGUGCAGCGGCGCUUGAGCGAGGCGGGACUCGCUUGGCUUCGGAGGCGCCGCAAGUCCAUUGUGCCGCAGGCACACAAGGUGGCUCGGGCAGACGUUUCGAUUGGCAGCCACCCCGAUCAAACCCGCAUGCGUGCCCCGUGCGCCGCGGGGCACCUGGCGCGCAUUGAAACGUCUGCUCUCGGCCGACAGGUGGCCAGGCUCGACUUCGCCGCGUGGACUCUUGCGCGCACCGCGGCCACUCUGGCGCGGUGGGCGUACACCGACGGCACGGUGUUCUUCCUGGCCCGCGACAACUCCGAGUUGGAGUCGCACCAGCGCGGUGCAUUGGGCCCGCAUGUAUGGCGCCAGGCAGAUGGCUCCGACGGCCUGUACGAGGAGUGCAUCGGGCCGUCGGCCUACUGGAAGGCGCAGGGCCAUCCGGUGCGCAUAUGGGGGCUGCUCGUGGCAGGGGUGCUGUUCAUCUACAUCAUGCCUCAGGGCGAGACGAUGAACCGCUGGUGGUACGAGUGGAUUAUCAACCACAAGUUCCCUGCGUGGCUGCGCAAGGCGAUCGGGGGCGACCGCGGGCCAUUUUUGGUCCAAGAUCAUGAGCGGUGCCUCUGGGCCGAGGAACCGCGCUGCGCCUUGCGCGAGCAGGGCAUCCACCUCUUGGAGCAUUACCCGAGGUGCAGCCAGGACUUGAACGCGAUCGAGGCCGCGUGGCGAGAGGUGCGGGCUCGUCUUGCCGCCACAGAGCCGGACUCGAUCGAGACCAGAGACCAAUUCAUCGUUCGCCUUCGCGCGGCGGUGGCGUGGGUCAACGUGCGCCGCAGGGCGUACUUG